AUGGCACCUGUCGGCCUCGGGCUCUUGGGGCUGUGGACAGUACUUUACUUACUGUUGCGGAUCGUGGCAGUCGUGGCAGACGAGUUUGAGGCCGUGACUCCCAGAGACAACAUGCAGACUGCAAAUGCGCAAGGCGAGUGCCACUUAUCAAAUUUGUUCCUGCACUCACUGGCCGACGACGACGGGGCAGCGAAGCCCAUAGAUGUGCGGCCAGUGAGUGGACAGACGCAGUCCUUUGAAGCAACGCUGGACUACAGCAUGGCUGGAUUUCACAUUCAGGCCACGGCAAGUCCUCCGGGCGCCUGUGAGGUCAGCGAGAUGAGCACAGCUGCCAUCAUGCUCGACCCUGGAGAUUUUACUUUGGCCGAAGUCUUCGUAACGGCAAAGCAAGCUCAGGGAACCAGCCUGAAGUCCUUGAGAUACCUGGUAAAUGUGUCCCGCCUCACAGGGAGCGAGACCGAACUGGGACACGUGGCAGUCUCCGGAGCAUACUUCGUGCCGGGCUGGAAGCCUGAUGAACGGGAGUACACUGUGUUUCUGAACCUGGAGGAGGACCUGGUCAGGUUUAACUGCAUCAAACUUGACAAUGGCCAGGCCCUGGAAAUGACAGCAGAACUCGAAUAUGCAGGAACCCAUAUUCAAGCGAGGCGGCUGCAGGCGCUUUCUGAGGCUCCGGCCAAGAGCAACACAGUAGGAGAAGCGCAACGCGUGGCCUCGCUGUUGAUGACCACACUCGAUGUUGGCCACAGCCGCGUGGUGCAGCUUCAGGUGACAUCCGCUGACCGAUCUCGAGCAGCGAACUAUUAUUUUACAGUUCAGCGGCCAGCCUGUUCACAAGAGCGGCGGUUCUUCGACGGGACAAGCAAGGUCUGUACGGAUAUCUGCAAUGAGGGUUUCUAUGGUAGCUCUGCAACGGGACGCUGUACACGCUGUUUGGACCCCCACUGUGCUGUGUGCGUAGGAAGGAACUGCUCGCUGUGCUUCGACAAGUACGAGCUUCAGAGUGGUGCCUGUGUGUUGAAGGGAACUGGCAGUGGCAUGGCUGCCUUCAGCCAGAUACAGUCGGGUGUUACAAGCUAUGCGCAGAAGCAUCAAGCCAUGAUGGUGAUACUCGGAGCAUCUUUGGGUGUUAUAGCUUGCGCUUGUGCAGCUUCCAUCUUCUGCGCUCACGGCAGCGUUUUCAAGCGAAGGCCUCGCUUGCUACAAGAUGAGGAUGAAGAUGAGCUGCAAGACUUCAGCUACCGAGAAGAUUCAUACAGGGCUUAA